AUGCCGUCUCUUCAAUACAUGCUCUCCAAAAAGUUGGGGGAGCCGCAGGCAUUCAAUGAGGGCAAGCUUCAAGGGGACGAGCCCAUCACCAAAUACCUACCUGAGCUCUCUUCGCUCCCCGGCCCAAUGCCCGCUGACCAGCUAACAUUGAUUGACAUCUUGUCUCACCAAACAGGUCUGCCUGGAUUAGAUGCUUUAUGGCUUGGUGCAGACAACGAGAUCAACAUACCAGAAGAGUUUACUCUUGCUAUGUGCAAGCACUUGCCAGCACUGUACCCACCCCGUUCCAAGUGGUUGUACAACAACUGGAUGUACGCUCUGGCUGGUAAGAUUAUUGGUCAAGCCGCGAAUGUGUCAUGGGGCCAAGCUUCAGAGUCACACGUCCUCGGCCCGGUCGGCUUGACUCAAUCCUCAGUGAUCGAAUCUAAAAUCCCAGCGGGUUCGACAGCAUUGCCGUACGCUGUCCUAGAUGACAAGACAAAACGGCGUAUUGGCGACGUCAGGCUCACGGAUGGGAGCCUUAUGUCGCCGGCAGGUGGAGUCCGUAGUACACUUCACGAUCUUCUCUCGUGUGGUGAUGCCUUGCUAUCGAGUCUUCAGGGCGAAGUAUCGCCUCUUCGCCAGUUAGACAGCAUUCUAUUUGGCCACAGCUUCAUCAACAAAUCAGCCUCAUUUGACGAAUUGUAUGGUCUUGGGUUUGCUAAAGUCACUCUACCAGCACAAUUUGGAAAGAUCAGGUUCAAUCCAGGCCUAGUAAACGCAAUGCCAGUUAUUGGCUCGAAAUCCGACCAUCAACUUGUCUUCUAUCACAACGGCGCCAUUCCUAGUUACAAUCAUUGUAUUAUGUUGCUGCCGAGCGAACAGAUAGCAAUUGUGGUCUUGACGAACUCGAUCUCGCAAGGCGAUAUUGCGGAUUGGGUUGCUCAAACACUCCUGCAGGUUGUCUUGCGCCUCGAAACCAAAACAGACAUCGUUUCACUUGCUCAGCAAACAGCCAAAAAGUGGAGGUCGGGAUACCACAACUUCGUCGAAACACUUGAAAAGGAGAAAAUUCCGAAUACCAUUCCGCCGCCGAACGAAGACCUCACCGGAACGUACGUUCAUUCCCCAAGUGCCUUUCUCUUCAAGGUGUUCAUGGACGACGGGCUUCUCAAAUUCAAUAUCAAUGGAAAGAAGUCACAAACUCACAUGCUGACGCAUUAUCACAAUGAUACAAUUUCUUUCUUGCCUUCGGCCGAGGAACGGAUGAAGCGAGGGCUAUUCCACUACGGGACUCAUGCAUGGUUGUUACAUUUCAAGAGAAAUGAUCAAGGAGCUAUCAAGGAGCUCUCAUGGGUUAUCGAUGAUAAUAUAAAGGAGGGGGAAGUUUUCACGAGAGUAUGA